CCUGAGCAGUUCCGCUACAAGAGACGAGUUUAUGCCCAGAACCUCAUCGAUGACAAGCAGUUUGCAAAGCUGCACACAAAGGCGAACCUGAAAAAGUUCAUGGACUACAUCCAGCUGCACAGCACGGACAAAGUGGCCCGCCUGCUGGACAAGGGCCUGGACCCCAAUUUCCACGAUCCUGACUCAGGAGAGUGUCCCCUGAGCCUCGCCGCGCAGCUGGAGAACACUGCGGACCUGCUCAAGGUGCUGAGGAACGGCGGCGCCCACCUGGACUUCCGCACGCGGGACGGGCUGACCGCCGUGCACUGUGCCGCGCGCCAGCGGAACGCGGCGGCCCUGACGACGCUGCUGGACCUGGGUGCCUCACCUGACUACAAGGACAGUCGCGGCCUGACGCCCUUGUACCACAGCGCGCUGGGGGGCGGGGAUGCCCUGUGCUGCGAGUUGCUGCUGCACGACCACGCCCAGCUGGGUGUCACCGACGAGAACGGAUGGCAGGAGAUCCACCAGUGUGCCGCCCCGGCGGCUGUGCGCGGGGCUGUGCGUCCCGCCCUGCCCAGCCCUGACCCUCCCACCCCAACCCCCCACCAGGAGAGCUGCGCCCGAGUCCUGCUGUUCCGUGGAGCCAACAAGGAUGUCCGCAAUUACAACAGCCAGACGGCCUUCCAGGUGGCCAUCAUCGCGGGGAACUUUGAGCUGGCCGAGGUCAUCAAGACACACAAGGACUCCGAUGUGGUGCCAUUCAGGGAGACGCCCAGUUAUGCCAAGCGGCGGCGGCUGGCCGGCCCUAGCGGCCUGGCCUCCCCCCGGCCUCUGCAGCGCUCAGCCAGCGACAUCAACCUGAAGGGCGAGGCUCAGCCCGCAGCUUCCCCCGGACCCUCGCUGCGAAGCCUCCCCCACCAGCUGCUACUCCAGAGGCUGCAGGUGGAGAAGGACCGGGACCGGGACGGGGACUACAACGAUGCCGGGGGCCUUUCAGCAGGCAGGAGUGCCCAGAGCAAGGUCAGGUAGGUGGGGACUGUGCGCGCUGGCUG